AUGCUGUCCAAGUGUUCUGUUGGUACACGUUUCUCGAAUUCAUUGGUAGAGCGUGUAAAUAAACGUGCUAUUCUUGUCAAAUUACCUAAAACAAAUGGUUUCAAAGCAGUUAUCAGAGUAUCUGAUCAUGAUUUUCUAGAGAACGUAGCUAUAGCUACAAUAAACAAGAAACUGUUGAGUGUACCGUUUUUGUCUCUUCAUGAAUUAAAACCUGGGAAUAAAGUAUCGGCCACUGUUAAACGUUAUUCAAAAACUGGCAUUGUUGUUCACCUAGAGGGUCGGAUUCACGGACUAAUACCUUAUCUACACACAACUGAUGUUAAUCUCAAAGAUCGUAAAGAGAAAUUUAAAGCAGGCGAAAAAAUUUCUUGUUUAGUUUUACAACUUGACGAAUGUGCCAAUAAAUUGAUUUUAACCGCGAAACCAGGUUUAAUAAAUGCUGAACUUCCAAUAUUUGGCAGUCAGGAAAUGUAUUCUGCACUGGAAAAGGGCAAUAAUGACCAACUAUUGAUUAUAGGGUUUAUUGUUAAGGUCAGCGAAAAAGGUUUACUUAUCUCUGGUUUGGAUAAUAUUCGUGGAUGGAUACCUAGACGUGAGACUGGACUAGCUGAUGAAGAUAUUUUGCAGACAAACUUUUAUCGUGGACAAGUACUAAAAAUGAAAUUUAAACGUGAAAUUAACAUCUCAUCAGAAGAUAAAAUAGAUGAUAAUCAGAGUACUCGUUCAAAGUAUAUGCUUUCCUUAAAGUUUCAUUCUAAGAAAACUAAAAACACACAGUCGGUAUUCUUGAACUCUGUACAAAUUGGUCAGCUUUUCAGGGCUACUGUAAAUCGAGUACAAGACACUGGAAUUUCUAUUAACCUUUACGACAAUGAAAAGAACAGUAAUACUGACGCUCCUGUACUCGGUACAGGAUUUCUGUCAUUUGAUCAAUUAUCUGAUUAUGAAUCAAAUCAACAACUUUUAAGUCGAUAUAUUAAAAAUAUAAAAUCUGGCUCUUCGCUUGAUUGGAAUCACUUUGCUCGUGAUGUUGUCGUUAUUGAUAAAGGGAAGCAAACUGUCAUUUUAUCUGCUAGACCAACAUUAAUCCAAGCAGCCAGUGAUUUGAAUACAAAUAUUAGUACUGACGUUAAUAAGGCUGAUUCAGAAGUAUCUACUAAAAGGCCUGGUUUCCUAAGAACGUUUGAUGAAUUACAAGUUGGUAGACUACUGGUGUAUUUGUUCACUUUCCCGCUGGGAUUUAUGGCUUUGGCACCGAAGCAUCUUUUAUCUGACUGUCGCGUUCCGUCUAAUACUAACUGGACUGAAUUGUUUCCAGUUGGUGCUACUGUUAUUGCCAAGAUUGUUGAAGUGACUCCUGAAAAACGUCAUUGUUUGAUAAGCUUGAAAAUGUUUGAUAUAUACACUGCUAAAGAAAAUUAUGUUAAUGAGGCAAUACAUUCACUAAAAUAUUAUUUAACUGAAAGAGAAUGGAUCUCACAGAAACACGAGCUCUUAGGUUCGUUUCGUAUUGGAGAUCAUGUUGAUUUCAAAGUUGAAACAUUGGAAAAUUCUGUAAUUUUUGGUAAGGCAAGUAAACUAUCAGAGAAAAAUCCCACUAAACAACACGCAUGGGUACCAGCUUUGGUGUAUGUGGCGAAUUCAAAAAAUACAGACUGUGUAAUUUCUCAAACAUACUCAGGUAUUGUAUGUUUUGUUGAUCAUGAACAAUCACGACUAGAAAUUGUCCUAUCCACUUGGUUGGUAAACAGUAUGAUGACAAGAAAAGAGAAUGUUUCUAGUUGUUUAAAACGAAAUCAACAAGUAUCGUCUAUUGUACUGGCAUAUCGGAAUCGUGACGUAGUCGUUCUUGGUUUACGUGGUCAUGCAACUGGAUUAUUAGGUGUUGUACCAGCAAGACGUACAUUUAAUGAUGUAGUGGGUGGAAAUGCUUGGGUUGUUGGCCAACGAAAUAAAAUAACUUUUCGACAAUCAUUCAAACAAGAAAACAAUUCAAUGAAGUUGAAAUUGUGUACCUUAACAAUUUAUGAUCCUAUUGAAGAUGAUCAAAUAAAGGUGACUUCUGAUGAACAGAAUAACCAAAUGAACAUGUCUGAUAAUGAAAAUCUUAGUGGCAUAUUAAAUACAUCAAAUCUUAUUACUUUUCAACCAGGUCAACAAAUUUCUGAUCUCUACUUUAUGAGUAUUUACUCGCAAACAGCAUUUUUCGCUGUUGGCUCAGUCAAAGGUCCACAUGUAUAUUGUCAUUUGAUCAAUUGGGAUAAUAGUGUUAAAUCUAUAAGGGCAUUUUCAAGUCAUCCACCUGAAGUUGGUGCAAAAAUUGAAAGGACUGCAACUGUUCUUUUCUCUUAUCUUGAUGAUAAAUUAAUUAUUAAACGUAAAAAUAUGGGAUUUCGUUCGAAAAUCUCAGAAAUCACCUUUCUUGAUAAACCUAAAGUAUCUGUUGGAGAAUUAGUUUGUGCACAGGUAUCCCGUUUAAAGAAUGACUAUUGGACAGUUUUUCUACCUGGUCGUGCUAGUGGACGAUUGCAUGUAACAGAUAUGAAUUAUUCAGAUCUAGAUGUUAAGCCAUUGGAUUUAACUGUAACGUCUAAUACUUCUGAGUCAUCAAAAAUUUUCAAUAUUCACGAAAACUCAAAUCAAAUCAAAGCGCAUUACUUUAUUACUUGUCGAAUUGUAGAUCAAUGUCAAAUUGUCAAUACGAAUAAUGAUGAUUUGUUUAAUACCAAUGAUACCAAUGAAGUUAUUUAUUUUGUCUCUAAUAAAGUUAAGCUUUUACGAGAUUCACCUCUAUCAAGUGCUGAUGAACAGUCUGUGAAUAAGCCGCCUGAUUUUAAUAUACCAGUUGACGGAUUUGUUAAGACUAUUCGUCCACAUGGUCUUGUAUUAUGUUUAUCUCGAACCAUGGAUAUUCUAGUUCCGUUUCCUCCUGAUAUGAAAGCCAGACUGAGUGUUUGUGGAAUCCGGUUUAAAGUUGGUGAUCAUCUUCUUGUUUGUCCUAAAGGACUAAUCAAUGAUAAACUUGUCGGUGAAUUAGUUUGUGAUAAUUCUAAUAAUUGUGAACAUAUUCCAGAAGAUUGUAUGCAUGAACUUGUUACCAAACUAUUGAAUGAAUUAUCAAAUCAAAAAACUACUAGUCAAUCACAUAAACGUGAACUAGUUAUUCAUGAUGAUUUGAAUGAUACUUUAGAUUCCAUGAAUUAUGAAUCAGCUUCAAAUACAUCGUUGAUUAAUGAAGAUCAUUUGAAUCCGUCACGUAAACGAAAAUUCACUGAUUCAAAUGAUGAAUCAAUUCAUCAAUCAUCAUUCAAUGAUGAAGAGUCAACCUUCAUAUCAAAAAGUUUAAAGAAGAACAAACAACCUCGUCUAGAAGAAGAUGAAAUUAAUCUACCUGAUAAUAAAUCUAUAAAACAGAAAGUUAAAAAGAAAAAAUCAUCAGAUGACUUUGUAAAUAAUUUACCUUUAACUGGUGAUAAUAUUUUUUCGAAAAAUUUACUGAAACGUUAUGAACAAUAUAUGUAUCCUAAAAAUGAAACUGAAAAUGAAUGUGAGGAUAAAUUGCAGACGCAUCAAAUAAUCGAAUCAACAGAUGCAAACAAUAAUGAACAUUUAGAUGUUGAAAUGAAUGAUAAAGAAGAAAAUGUAGAAAGUCAAACUGCUAAAGAAUGGCGUUUACGAGAGAUGGAGAUGCGUAAAGCUAUGUUGGCAACAUUGACCACUGAACAACAGUGUCUUCCUAAAGGACAGUUACAUCCACAAACCACAGAAGAAUUUGAAUUAGCUGUUCGUAAUAUGCCAUCAAAUGAAGUUUGUUGGAUUGCUUAUAUGACACAUGUGUUGUCAAGCAAAGCAGGUCAUCAAUCUGUUAGUAGUGGUUCUAGCAAAGGAGUUAUAGACGCCAGAGCAAUUGCUGACCGUGGAUUACGAGCUAUUUCAAACUCUACCGGUAAUAAUCAAUUAGUAAAACAAUCCCGUUUACUCACAUCCUAUUUAAUUAUGGAAGCAAAAGAAUUGGAACGUCUGUCCUGCCUUCAAAAACAACAACAAUAUCACUUGUCAUCUUCAACAUCUAUGUCAGAUUUAGUAAUAGAAAUUAAUCAACAAUCAAAACGUGUUUCCCAGUUACUGACUCAAUUGUUGAAUUUAAAUCAAGCUCCUUUUAUUAGAAAAGCUAUCGAUACUCUUUCAGAUAUCGGUCACCACACACGUGCCGAAGAACUAGCUCGUCGGCAAAUAAAAUCUUCUCCAAACGAUGUAGACCAUUGGCUUUCACUUAUAAGAGUGCGAUUUCGAGCUGGCAAUACUGAAGCUGCUCGUGAAGCUCAACGAAAUGCAGCUUCGCUGUUAAAAUUGUCUUUUCUUCCACAACUUGCUAUUGGUGUUGCAAGAAUUGAAUUUGAAUAUGGCGAUGUUGAUCGUGGAAUACGUUUGUUGCAAGAACAAUUAACUGUCCAUCCGAAACGUAAACUUUUAUAUGAAGAAUGUAUCAAACUAUUAUUAAUGAAUGAUAAAAUUAAAGAAGCCAGAACUGUUCAACAGCAAGCUGAGAAAAAUUUAAAACCUGUUCAGUGUACCACGUUAAAUUCGUUGUUUGAAGGUCAAGUGAAAUGUUGAACAAAUUUAUCUGUAUAUCAGAUUUCCUUAGAGAAAACGUUUCCUCAUUUUUGUACUACUUCUGAUACUGUGAAUAAAUUUUUUGUAUUAAAGAUAUUUAGUUAUUUUUCCAAUAAGAAAUGCAUGAAUUUAAUGGUUGACUUCUGUGUCACUUGACUCAACGAUUUUGAUGAUACACUAUUAUCUAGUAGAUCACAUACAAUAACUAUUGGCUGUAUGAUAUUAUUAUGGCCUACACACAAGAUGAAAGUGUUACCAUAUUUGCACUAUCUUUAGAGUGAGCAAUAAUACUGUCUGGUUUUGACGUUCUAUCGUUCAACCUUUUUCAAGUUCCAUGUGCUUCAUUUGAUCAGUUUUAAUUGUAUAAUAACUUUC